GAGGUGGAGAAAAGGGGCAAAGCGAUAGAAUCCUAGCGAGAGAGGCCUUUUGUUGGGAGAGAGGAAGGUGUAGACAUGCAUUCAGGGGAGGGGUACAUCAGGUACGUCCGGUCGCUGUCAUCCAAGCAUGUCAGACCUGUCUGGACUCAGGCACGUCAGGCAUGCGCGCAGGCUGGCAAGCAUGUCAGACGUGCUUGUCAUGCCUACCGUCGCAACGCGCCAGUGCCCUUCAAACGCCUCUCUGCCGAUUCCUCGAGUGAUCUUGAUGACAUGGAAGGAGAACAACUCCAACGCCGACGAAGACGACGACAGCGCAAUGGGGGAGAAGAGGUCGAGGUAGGAGGAGCAGGAGGAGGGGGAGAAGAGGGAGAAGAAAGUGGAAGAGGAGGAGGAGGAGAAGGAGAAGAAGGAGAAGAAGGAGAAGAAGGAGGAGGAGAAGGAACUGGGAAAGAAGGAAGUAGUCGCACUGCCAGUCCGACAAAUACAGUGAACCAGGUCAGUGGAGAAGGAGGAGGAGGUGAGAAAGAAGGUAAUGGUGGUGGUCCUGGUAAUCAACCAGAGAGCGGCAAAACGGUGAGUGACCUUUGCAAGCGGGCACGUCGAGUUCUGCACCAGGCUGGAAAACACGUCAAAUACACGUAUGAGAAGUUGCAGCUGCAGCCUCGGUAUAGGUUGCAUGCUGCUGUUUCUGCACGUCGUAAAGGUUCACGGAUCAAGCAUCACGAGGAAGAGGAGGAGAAGAGAGAGGAGAAGGAGGAGGAGGAGGAGGAGGAGGAGAAGGUAGACAGAGAGAAUGUGGUGGAGAAGGAGAUGAAGAAGAAGGAAGAGAAGGAGGAGAAGGAAGAUGGCUGCGUGCUUGUCAACAGCUCGUCGAGUGAAAACAAGGAAGGCCAGGCAGGUCGACAAGUCAAACGCGCCUGCAAGAAAGUGAAAACGGUCAGCCUGCAGGCUGGCCGGACGGCCGGCCAGGCCUGCAUACGUAUGGGGAGGAUGGGAGUGCAUGCCUGCAGAGAUCCGCGUCAGACUUGUCAGCGAGCGCAGAGGUCUGCGCAGCGCGCCUGCAAGCGGACACGUCAGAUCUGUAUCCGUGCCGGGAAGCUCGUGCGGCAGGCGUGCGUACGCGCAGGCGUGCUGACGUGUCAGGCCUGCUCUCGCGCCCGGAAGCAGGUCAAGAGAGUGUGCGGUAAGUCGGGCAGCCGCGAAAAGCUCGAGGCAAAGCAUUCUGACACGUCAGACGCGCAGGCUACAGCUGCUGACACGUCAGCGCUUAUCGAUCGAGAUCAUGACACGUCAGACACGAAGGCCGCCGACGGCCUGCCCGCCAUGCAGGCUGAUGGCACGUCGGACGCUGCUACACUUCUUCCUGACACGACAGACGUGCAGACCGGCGACGAGGCGGCCAUGCAAACUGAGUCCACGUCGGACAUUGCUUACCUGCCUCCUGACACGUCAGACAUGCAGGCUGCUCACUCGUCAGACAGAGAGGACUUUGACUCGUCAGACAUGAAGACUGGCGACGACGCGGUCAUGCCGGCUGAUGACAGCUCGAACACGUCAGACAUGCAGGCUGCUGAGACGUCGCACAAGCAGACCGGCGACGAGCCGGCCAUGCAAGCUGAGUCCACGUCGGACAUUGCUAACCUGCUUCCUGACACGUCAGACAUGCAGGCUGCUGACGCGUCAGACAGAGAGGACGCUGACUCCUCAGAUAUGAAGACCGGCGAUGAGGCGGCUAUGCCGACUGAAGACACGUCGGAGAUUGCUAAGCUGCCUCCUGACACGUCAGAGAUGCAGGCUGCGGACACGUCAGACAUGAACACCGGUGAUGAGGCGGCCAUGCAGCAGGCUGAUGACACGUCGGACACUGCUAACCUGAUUGCUGACACGUCAUGCAUGCAGGCGGCUGAGACGUCGGACAAAGAGGAUGCUGACACGUCAGACAUGCAGGCUGAGGACGUACAGGAUCAUGGUGCCACGUCAGACAUCCACGUGGAUAAGACGUCAGACAAAAGAUCUGUGGAUGAUGAAACGUCAGACAGCCAGGAUCGCUACACGUCGGCAAUGCACUGUGCUACCGACGCGUCAGACAUGGAAGCUGCUGCCACGUCAGACAUGCAGGGUGAUGAUACGAUGGGCGAGGAGGACGCCGACACGUCAGACUUGUCGAGCUCGUCGUCGGCUGACACGUCAGACGUGCAGACUGAUGACAUGACACAUUUGCUUGCAGGCGAGCAGAACUCCUCGUCGGCGCCUUAACCCAUCGACAAAUAAAUCAUUUUCUAAAAAUAGAUUUUUAUUUAUUUAUUUAAUUAUUUAUUUAUUUAUUUAAGCAUCGGAUAUACUAACAGAAACCAGAAAAAAAAAAAAAAAAAAAAAAAAAAAAAAAAAAAAACCCGAGAAUUGACCACCAGCCUCGUGAUAUGGAAGAUGCUCGUCGUCGGCCGACACGUCAGACGUGCAGGCUGAUGACAGGAGUCCACCUUCGGUUGCAGGCGGGCAGAACUCCUCGUCGACAAAUAAAUCAGUUCUAAAAUU